AUGUUCUAUUCGGAGACGUUGCUGCAGAAGACUGGGCCUCUGGCCCGAGUCUGGCUGUCAGCAAACUUGGAGCGCAAGCUCUCAAAGACGCAUAUUCUACAGUCAAACCUCCAGGAUAGUGUUGAUGCUAUUAUCACCCCGAACCAAGCUCCGAUGGCUCUUCGACUCAGCGGCCAGCUGCUGCUUGGUGUCGUCAGAAUCUACAGCCGCAAGGCCCGCUACUUGCUUGAUGAUUGCAAUGAAGCCUUGCUCAAGAUCAAAAUGGCUUUCCGUUCAACCGGCAACAAUGAUAUUCCCGAGAAUCUAAACAUGCCUAACCGUGAAGCCCUUAUGCUUCCCGAUCGAAUUACUCCAGCCGACAAUCUGGGCAUCCUACCACCGCCCAAUGCCGACUGGUUGCUUGCGCAGAUGGGAGAUGUUGACGCGACUCCUGCUGCCAGCUCUCAGGCCGCCAAGAGGGGCCGCGUUAGCAACCGAGACAUCAACCUCCAAGAGGACUUCAACAACAGCCAGUUCUUGCAGGACGACCCUAUGAUUGAUGAUGAAUUGGCACUUGGGCCUGGCGAUGAUCUUGAUCUUGAGCUUGACUUUGCUAUAGAUCUCGACGAUCGCCCACCGAUGGACAAGAGCAUCGAAAUGGGCCGAGACGCUCCCGCUGCGAGAUCUGUUGAGGAGGAUAUGAUCAGCGAAAUUGAUUUUGCACCGCAGGCCAAGGGUGGCCGGGAACCUUCGGCAAACGUCGAGUUCGGCGACGAUGGCAUCCGAAUUGCGGAUGAUGACGGCGACAUCCCAAUGGACAACGACUUGCAAUUUCACCUGGACGAUCAGUCCGUUAUGCCCGAAAUGGGACCUGCAACCAUCCCGGAGCGCGCCCGCAUCUCCGAGUCUCCGCUUUCCGACAUCGAUGAGAACACGGCGCGUGACGUUGAGGAGUGGACUCGUGUUAACAAUACGAGUAUAUACGAGCCUGGACACGAACCCGAAGAGCCGGAACCCGCGCCUCAGCGGAAGUCCAACAAGAAACGCAAGGUCUUUGGUCUUGACCCCGCGACCCAGCUCACCAGUGCACACAUCAAGGAGCAACAACAAGAACGCUCCAACAUUCUCAAAGCACCAACGUUUAUUUCGAGGGAUCCUUAUUUCCUUGCGUUGCUGGAGCUGAAGCACAGUGGCAACUUCGUCUCGAAUAUUAUGGGUAACGGCCGCAGCAAGGCUUGGGCUCCGGAGUUGAGAGAUUUGCUCUCUAUCGAGACCAUUCGGCCGACGAACGACUUGAAGCGCAAGCGAGAUAGCGGCAUCGCAGACAUGGGAGGCGAAGAGGAGCAAGGCCCGUCGAAAUCCCCGCGGCUGGAGCUUGGUGAGGACGACGACGCUCUAGCCAUGGCGGAUGGAGGUCUUGGGGAACAGAGUAUAGCUCCCGACGGUACCGUUCUGGAGAUCCCUGCCGACGACGGAAUGGUCAUGCUCCACGACGAUGAUGAUCACCAAGCUCGAGACGGCAGCCCCUUACCCGCCUUUGAUGAAACCACGAUUCCCCUAGUGCACCCAGCAGACAGUGGCCCUGUAUCCUUGGGAACCAAGCAUGCAGUCCAUGUUUUGCGAGAUCUGUUUGGUGCCGAUGCUGCAACGAAUGAGGAAAAGCGAAAGAAGACGUCUGUGGUGUUUCAAGAUUUGUUACCUGAAGCGAGAACAACCAAAGCAGAUGCCACCAAGAUGUUCUUUGAGUGCCUAGUACUUGCGACCAAGGAUGCGAUCAAAGUGGAACAAAAGGAAGGUACGGUCGGUGGACCAAUCCGAGUCCGCGGCAAGCGCGGUCUCUGGGGCGCGUGGGCCGAACGAGAGGCUGGUGGUGAGAUCGCCGAUCAAGACGAGCACGCAACGCAACCUGAGCCAGCCAUUGCUGGUCCGUCGCGAGCUGUCGCAGCAGCAGCAUAG